AUGGGGUACAAUCGAAAAUCGUCGGAUCCCUCGUUACACAACAAACAACAAUCUCCCCAUCAACAGACUAUGCUGCAACAGCAGUCGAAAAGACAUCAGCCAAGACUAUCACCACAUCAUCCAACAACGCCCCAACAACAAAUGUAUCAACCAUAUCAACAACAGCGCCAGCACCAGUUGCUAGGCGAUCCGUUUGCUGAAAUGUCAACGGUGACACAAGAUGCACCAGCUAGUUUCAAGUCAAGACUAAAACAACAACAGAUUUCACAAUUGCAGUCACAGCCACUGCCGACGUCAACGCCUACUCAGAUCCUAACACAGACGCAGACAGCGAUUCAAUCACAGCCGCGGCAACAGCCAUUACCACAACAGCAUCAACAACAACAACGACAGCAGUCAACGCAGCGUGAAGCACAGCUGCCGAUAACGCAGCCGUCUAUGUCUCCAGCGCACAUUUCGUCGCCCAUGGCGUCCAGCCCAACGGUGGCAGCGCAACAACAACAACUUCAGCAUCAACCGCUGCAAAUCCAGCAACAUCAGCUGCAUCAGCCACCACACCAGCCCCCAACACCGACAUCAAUACCAUCACAUGAUUUGGCUAACAUUCUGAACGAAACAGCCACCUCGAACGGCUCUUCCACAUUAGCCGUGGUGGCUAACGACAGCAACAACAGCAGCAGCAACAGUUCGAUCAACAGAAUUGUCUACAAUCAGCCCACCUCAGUGCAUGACGAUGACCGACAAUCGGUGAUAGACCUAACGUUAGUACACUCGAGCUUAGUUCGCAAAUCUUACUGGGAAAUUAGGGAUAAUUACACUUUUAACUAUGAAAUUAUAUUCGAUAUAAAUAUAACACACGAACAACAGCGUGUACCGACCCUAAAAGAAGUAACUGGCGACCCACCACGUUCGAUCCAGACCUUUUUGAAGAAGUCUUCAGACUAA